AUGGCUGGCUACGUAUUUUGGCCACAGCACCUGAGUAGGAGAAAAUACGAUGGCAAUGGUUGUGAUGGCUUGGAGGCUGUCGCUAUCAAGCUGAGAGGAACUGAUUGGAUGGUUGUCGACAUUGUUCCGAGUAGGAACUUGGAUGGAACUGAACUGGCAAUGCCUUAUUUCAUAAUUGCUCACAAACAGGCGGCAGAGGUGGAAUGGCAGUUUGAAGAUGAGUUCUGCUCUGUGAUAGAGUUUAAGGCACCUAACCAGCGACUUCUGCAAUUCUUCUCGUUGGACCCGAUAUCGCUGAGCUUGCCGGAGAAAGAGGUGGAAACUGGAAAUGGAGUUUUGGUGAAUAAAAAUGUUACGAAAUUGUGGGAGCAUCCGAGAUAUCAAGCUCAUGACAGAAGACUACGACAGACUCUAAGUCUCUUGAACUUGUUCCGAACACACGAGACAGCCUUCCAUGAAAAGUAUCCACACAUUGGCCGGCAAGCAGAAGAUCUGUCGACAAGAGUGCUGAAUCUGAUAAGAGUGCAGUACAAGGAAUCAGCAGUGUGGCGGACACUAUGUCUCUUGGGACUUUAUUUGACUGUCAUUGUUUGUCAGUUUUCCCUUUACACCUACAAUGCUCUAAACUGGCGGCGUAUGAAGCUUGUCGCGUUCUCUGCCAUGGCACAACAGAUCGAUUUACGUUGUCAGCAGACGUGCUAUUUUCCGGUGCAGUACUUGCGAAUCAAUAUGAACAUGUCAUUAAGAAAAGCGCUUCCACGCUUUAGGACGUAUUCCGAAGCGUCUGCAACCCUCAGGAAAGAUCUGCCGUCGAAUUACUAUCCUGAUUAUAUCCGUUUUUACAACACAGUGUGGCUCUUUCUGAAUGAUAUCUCCUUCGGGCUGAUAUUCGCCGCAUUUCUGUUUGAAUGGAGUGAAAGGCUGACGCGAUUGUUGAGUAAGAUCAUCGACUUCUUUCUCUAUGACAUGUUAAAAACUGUGACUUCGUCUCUGGCUAACAACCCUUUGGGCAUAAAGCUGAAUGAAGAACUGGCGAGAUUUCUGAGCGACCUCUUCCUUUGGAUCAUAGAGUUUUCUCAUGCAAAUCUCAUCCAGCCCCUGGUGAAACCUGAUAACUUGAGCAUGUUCCUACGGCUAGUCGGUAAUUUGGGAUGUUGUUUUGGAGGAGCAUUCGCUUUCUCAGUGAUUCUUGAUUUCUUUUCCAUCCUGACUCUUCAUAUCUAUGUCUUCUAUCACAUCAGUGGCAAGAUAUAUCAUUGGCAACUCCAGAUAAUGAAGAGCUUAUUCCAUUUGUUUUGCGGCAAGAAGAGGAACGUACUGCGAAACAGAGUUGACAACAACGUCUUCGAGCUCGACGAGUUACUGCUCGGCACGCUAUUCUUCAUCAUCCUCGUUUUUUUGGCACCUACAGUGCUAGCAUUCUACUAUUCAUUUACGGCAUUUCGGUUGACCACGAUUUUUAUCCAGAUCGGACUGGAAUCGGUAAUUGCGCUGCUUAACCAUUUCCCUUUGUUUGCUCUGCUGCUAAGGUUAAAGGACCCAAGGCGGAUUCCUGGCGGCAUUUCAAUUGAGCAGACCGAUGGCUCCUCAAGGCUUGAAUUAAAGAACAGGCCUCUCAGCGUUGGUUCCAUGUUCAGCCCGUAUCUCGCAUUGAUUCACCAAAUGAAAGAUACCUAUCUCUCAGCAAGGACCUUCAAACAAGUCCUACUGGGAGAACCCCUUGCCAUGCAUAGAAACAAUCUUUACCAGCUAUUGUACUCUUCGUUACCUUCGAAGCCCAUCAAAAUCGCCACCAUUUAUGACAAGCUUUCGGCACUUGUGUCGAGCAGUAAAGAUCUUUGA